GCUGGAACCACUGGAACCACGUGGCGGGAACACUGUAACUACCGUCCUACCGUACGUACCUCGAGUUCCUAGGGAAGACUUUAAUCCCUGCGAGAUCGAAAGAUGUGGAAGUAUGAGCUAAUACACACGGAUGAAAAUUUCUACUAUUUCAACCCCGAGACCGGCGAAUCUAAGGUCACAAAAGCGAUAACUUUUCGGAAAGUUAACGGCCGGGAAGAACUAGCUGCUUUUCACGCAAGGACCGAAUUACAGAAACCUGAAGUGACCAUCUUUGAAGUGAAUGGAGAGUACCCGUACGGGGCGAAAAUUCGUGCUCAGCUGAAAAGUCUUCGGGUAGACGGAGAUCUGGCGACUGCUUUUUGCCACAAAACAAUCGCCAAAUUCACCCACAAGCUUUCGGAGGAGCUUAAGUUGGACGGCCAUGAAUUCCUAGCUGCGGGAGAUGAGCUGAAUCCUGCAAAGCUUUACGAGGCCAGAAUUGUCCAGACGGGAGAAUUCAAAUACGACACAGGUGCAGUGGGCAUGACCAUGGACAGUGAUGAGUCAAUCGUAUUUCUGCUAUGCUACUUGCACGGCAUGGCUCAGACCGCGCCCAAUGCUAAAGGCUAUUACCUACGUGAACUAGCCGAGAAGGCCGUGGACGUUUUGAAGGCGGAACCCUUUUACGCAUCUAGCGACGACAUCAAGACCACUCUUUUAGCUGCUCGGGCUGUGGCAGCAGAUUUGGGCAAUCACCCGUCAUUUACCGCGCUUGUAGCGGCUUUGGACAUGUUCUUCCUACUUGUCCCAACCCACAAGUACUCACGCAUGAGGACGGCGACUGUGCAUACCUUUUGUAAAGACUACACUUCGUUUAAAAACCUGCAGCAUAUGACCGAAAUAAGUGGUAUGAAACGCGAAGAAUGGAUGAAGUGGGCCUGGAUACCAGAGGUCCAAAAGGAGCUUCGGCAGCUCACCGAAAUCUCGGAGUUUUGUGAAGUCAAGAACUCUUAUUUUCCUUACCUCCGCUCCUUCGAGAUUCUGCCCAGGUCUCCGCUGGCCGUCUCGGAAGGUCCCGCGCUUCACACCUUCAUACACGCGAUCGGCAUCCUCCGAGGUAACAAAAGAUCCGCUUUUGCACGUAUGGUCAUGAAAAAAAGCCCGGAGCAUAUAUUCAGGAAUGCCCGCGUUUUUGUCGAGGCUACAUCCACUCCUGCUGACGUCAACCCGUCGUCUCCCUCAGAGGAAGCAGCCGCUGCGUAUCAAAAGCACCGUGAAUCGCAAGAGAAGCUGACUCAAGCUGCAGCUUCAGUUGCUGGUGCCAGGCCCAAGGACACAGAUCCUCAGAAAUGGCUGGAAUAUGCUAGGUCCUUCAACAGUGGUGAAAUCCCAGAGGCUGUGAUUCGGGCGAAGUCUGUGCUGGAAUCUCAAAAGGAGGUUCGCCCUGGUACAAUUUUGGAGGCCAUGAAACGUGACAUAGAAGCUGUGGCCCAUUCUCUAGACCCUCAGAGGAAGCGGCCAUUUUCCUCAGAGGAAGCAGCUGCUGUGUACCAAAAGCACCGUAAAUUGUAAGAGGAGCUGACCCAAGCAGUAGCACCAGUCGCCGCUGCCUGGCCCAAGGACGCAGACCCUCGGAAAUGGCUGGACUUUGUAAAUUCCUUCAUGGGAAAUCCUGGAGGCUGUGAUUUGGGCGAAGUCUAUGCUCGAAUCUCAAAAGGAGGUUUGCCUUGGAGCAAUUUUGGAGGCUGUGAAACAUGACAUAGAAGCUGUAGCCCGUUCUCUGAAUAUUGCACAGUAACCACCAGCCAACCUUGGUUCCUGGAGAAGCAGAGACUUCGUUUAUGUUCUUUUGGACAAAGGUUGUCCCUACUAUUUCUAUUCAUUUUGAAAAACACUAACACAACUCCAAAUUUACGCGGGCUCAAAGUUGGAGCUCCUCUCAGAAUGUCGUCUAAAUCUAGUGCAGUUGCUCAGGGCAAUGAUAAGGACAUCAGGAUUGACCUCACUUUGAUAAACGAAGAGUCUGAUGUUGACAAAGAAAGUACUCAUUGUGCAGAUCUCUUGAUUACCAGGGCGCUGACAAUGUAUUUGAAACAGUUUUGAGGAACCGUGCAGAAGAGUACCUCAAGCUUAGGCAUGGUUCAGGUGGAACCAGCGAUGUCGCAGAUGGGGAACACAACAUUCCCGAGCACCACAACACUGCAACCGUGUCUUUCCAUGUACAAAGAAGAGACGAUACCAAAGCUGAAGUGGCCGCCCAGGUAGCUGCAAGGCAACUGCUGAAGCUGUCAAACAGUUGCGCCCUCAAUGACAUGUGGUGGUGCGAGCGUCGGUAGCCCUACCUCAACAGACAGCUGCAACAGCUCAAGCCCAGGCAGCCACCCAAGUUGCGUUUGGCUACGUAACCAAUGCAGCAAGACAUGCGGCCAGUCAAGCAACAACCAGCACUGUUUGGGAAUGUUUUUUUUUACACACUCUUGCUGAUGGGUGCUGGAUAUUCGCUGGCCCUUUUGCUGAAAACUGUCCACUAGAUCGAGAUUAACAUUGCUUAGUUUACAGCAUAAGAACUGCAGUAACUUGUUUGUAUAUGUCAAAGUGUAUUCGUAUAGUUACCUUUUUUCGUGUGUUUGUAGUGUUGGUUAGUUUCUCCUGCAAAUAAAGUGAGUGCAACCUGAG